AUGACAGUCGUUCCGAAAACGCGGCUGCGCGUGGGCGCGCUUGGCGCCGCGAAGGUGCUGCGAAAGACAUGGGUUGCUGUCCACGAGGCAGGUCAUGAGCUGACGGCUGUGGGCUGUCGGGACAAGCCCCGGGGAGAGAAGUGUGUGGAGGAGCUUCACGCCGCGAUGCCCUUUGCGAGCAGGCCGCUGGUCAGCGACUACGAGAGCGUCGUGGCGUCGCCAAACGUGGAUGUGGUGUACAUUGCCAUCCCUGUCACGGCGCGGCACAAGUGGAUGCUGGAGUGUGCCAAGCAGGGGAAGCACGUGGUUGGUGAAAAGCCUACAGCCGUGUCUUCGUUAGAACUGCGGGAAUGGCUGCAGCACUUCGCCGCAAAGCGGUUGCUAUUUGUGGAUGGCACCAUGUUGUCUCAUAGCCGUCGCAUCCAAGAGGUUUGCCGCGCCUGUCGUGAGAUUGGAAGGCUGCGGCGCAUGGAGGCACACUUUGCUUUUAUGGCGUCCGAGGAAUUUCUUCGGAGCGACAUUCGCCUGGAUCCUGCGCAGGAGCCGAUGGGAGCGUUGGGGGACCUCGGUUGGUACUGCGUGCGCUACUUCCUUCACCUGGUAGACUUUGCCUUGCCAGACGCCGUGAUGGGCCGCGUGGCGCAGCGCAGUGGCGCGAAACAUGGCAUCUCUGCCUUCUCUGGCGAACUUCUCUUUACCGUGGCGGGUGAGCCCGUGGUGGGGGCCUUUUUCUGCACCUUCCACGCAGCGCAUGAGCAGCUGGUGCGCAUCAAGGGCGAUGACGGUAUUAUCGUUGUGCACGGGGCCAUCAAUCCUACGGAUGAGGCGGUGCCGACGUUCAGCGUUGAGCGCACCACCUUUGAAGGGCCCACGGAGUCCCCGUCCUUCCGCCGGGAGGUUGAAACACGCCGCUGCGAUGAAGAUUGCACGUUUCAAGCGGUGCAGCUUUGGCGAGACGUUGGGCUCGCGCUGAUGCACAUUGACCCCGGGGAGCCGCCCGUGGUGGUGCCGGAGCGGUCGGAGAGGUGGGCACGCAUGGCGUGGGCAACGCAGCACGUGUGCGACAAACUGAUGGAGUCUGCGCAGAAGAGCGCCGAGUGGGCCGCCGUCGCCCCCGCUGAGGAAAACAAUGCCAUUGCCACCACCACCACCACCACGAAGCCCGAGGCCUCCAGCACGCAGAAAACAGCAGCACCGGAGAGGGCUGCCGCACUAGCGCAAUUGAAAAAGCAGGGGAUGGCGGUGGUGGAGUUGUGA